AAAGUGAUACGAAUAUGAUAAUAAUAAAUGAUGAUAACGACACUGGCAAUCUUGAAUCUAGCAUUUCAAAUGAAGAUAAAAUGCUUAUAUUACAAGAAAAUAGCUUUAUGAAUACUGAUGUUG